UAGUAAGUGUACGGAAGCCGAUCAAAGAAGACGUACCGGAGUGUAUAACUUUACAAUUUAAACGAAGAACUUAGUGCUUGAGGAUUCCGUACUCUUCCCCCUGUUCCGUAUUGCGCGAAGGAGAACGACAAAUAAUAAAUAAUCAGUAAACAUUAUGGUUUGGUGAAUUGAUUCUCGAUUCAAUGUUCGAAAUCCAAAACAAUGUGUAAUUGGUUUCCCAGUGAAUUGGUUUGAAGGUAGACAUUUUUGAUUUUGGAUUAUAAAAUUUAUUUAAAAAGAAAUUAAUUGUGUGUGCGUGUAAAAUAGUUAAUUGUCAAAAUGAAUCAAGUGGAUGCUUUGAUACGAUUCGGCUAUGCACUGGUGAUUGUUACUAUGUUGCUUAUGAUUUGGGCAUCAUUGGCGGGUGCACGUGAAUUGGAAAAUAAUAAACAUCCACCGUGUCUGUUUAGCCCGUUGUGUACAUGUUCGAAAGCAUCACAAAAUGAUCUUGGUAUCAUUGAAUGCAAAAAUGUUCCCUAUCCAGCGAUACCAAGAACACUCAAUUAUUCAAAAGUGUUCAUGUUGCACAUGGAACGAACUGGUUUGCAGAAUAUACCGCCGAGUUUUUUACUAGGAACUGGGUUGUAUCGCAUUGAAAUAUCGCAUAAUCCAUUGGGCGAAGUAUUAGAAGGUGUAUUUGAUGGUUUGGAACGUUCGUUGUGGGAGCUAUCACUUCAUCAUAAUCAAUUGGUUGAGGUGCCAACGCGAGCCAUACGCAAUUUAAAAAAAUUGAAAUACUUAGAUUUAAGUGCCAAUCAAAUUGAUUGCAUCGAAAUUGAUUCAUUUUUUGGCUUAGAAGCUUCGCUCGAACGUUUAAUAUUGGCCGAUAAUGCGAUUGAUAGUUUACCACGUAAUGCAUUUUCAUCAUUGCCCAAAUUAGAUACAAUCGAUCUAUCGGGAAACAAUAUUGCAUAUCUCGAGCCAAAUAUCUUUGACGAUGGAAUGCCAUCGCUUGCAAAGCUAUUUUUAUCAAAUAAUGCAUUAGUCGAACUGCCAUACAAUGCGUUGGCCACAUUGAAAAAUCUUCGUGUGCUCGAUUUAUCGCAUAAUUUGAUUAAUUCAAUUCGCACCGAAAAUGAUGCGAUCACAUCGAAAUUAACAUUGGACAUGUUGCAUUUGGAAUUCAAUCGAAUUGAGGAAAUACCGACCGCAUCAUUUUCACACAUUGAUGUGGUCAAUGUAACCUAUUUGGAUGGUAAUCCAUUGACAACGUUGGGCGAACGGGCUUUUGAAUCGGCACGCAUACGUGAACUUUACAUUAGACAUUGUGGACUAAAUCUUAUUUCACCAGCUUCAUUCGAUGGGCUUAAAACACUGCAAAUUCUUGACAUAUCGGGAAAUAAUCUCACCGCUUUAGCAAAAGAUUUUUUACAAGGCUUCACUGAAUUCAGAGCACUAAAUAUCAAAGAUAAUAAAUUAAAAGACAUUCAAACAAAUGAAGUGUUUGCCGCAAUUCAAUCGACCAUUGAAAAAUUGGAUAUGAGUGGAGAAGGCAAUGUUCCGACUAGUUUAAAGAAUUUUAGCAUAAUGAAAAGCAUUCGAUCGUUAUCACUUGGAAAAUUAACAUCGAGCCAAUUGUCACCGGACGAUUUCGCUGAUUUUGGUGUAGAAUUGGAAGAUUUAAAAUUGGCACAUAGUUCAAUCGAUACGAUUAAAUCACAUGCAUUCAAAAAUGCACGAGGCAUUCGUCGACUUGAUCUUAGUGAAAAUAUUAUUAGUACAAUCGAAAACGAUGCAUUCACUGAGAUUGGACAUUCUUUAAUUUCACUAAAAAUUUCGCAUGGAUUUGCUGGUUCGUUUACAUCAUUUCCAGCGCAAUCGUUUCGCACAUUAACCUCAUUGCAAGAGCUCGAUUUGAGCAAUAAUCAAUUGAAAUCGAUUAGCGAUACAAGCUUUCAUUUUCUACAAAACUUACGAACGGUUGAACUCAAUGACAAUGUGAUUGAACGAAUAUCGAAAGGCACUUUUCAGGGCGAUAUUCAUUCUAAGUUGGAGACAUUGGCUCUACAUUUUAACAGCAUAAAGGCAAUUGAAGAGAGUACAUUUGCCGACCUAAAAGAGCUAACCAAACUGCAAUUGGAUGAUAAUCGUAUAACUACCAUAGAGAAACGGGCCUUCAUAGACCUAAAGAAACUGAAGUAUUUAUCACUCAGAGGGAAUAAAUUGGAAAUUAUAUCGGACGAAGCAUUUCAGAAUUUACCGGAAUUACAGCAUUUAGACCUGGCAUACAACUCCAUGGGCAUAUUUGAUUUCAAUAUAUGUGAUCAGGUUGGAACAUUAUCAUCUUUGCGUGUGAAUGCCAGCCAUAAUCGGAUUUCAGAAUUGUCAUUGAAUCAUUUAAACAGUAGUGCAAGUGGAAGACCCGAAGCCGCAAUAAAUUUGUGUCGUCACAUAGGAAACCCUUAUCAUUCGAAUAUUAAAGUAUUGGAUUUAUCGCACAAUGUUAUAACGGGCAUAAGUGUUCACUUUUUUCGACCAGCUGAAAAAUCGUUGACUCACUUAAAUUUGGCUCAUAAUCAGUUGACGAAUACAACACGCGAUGUAUUCGGAUACAUGCCUCUAUUGCAUUGGCUCGAUUUGUCACACAAUCGCAUUAUCGAAUUGGAUUUUGACAGUUUUUUUGGUUCGAAAAAAUUGCAGGUUCUUGAUCUGUCACAUAAUAGCAUAAGCGAAUUACCGCAAACCAUUUUCAAAACAAAUAAUGACCUAAGGAUUGUCAAUUUGUCACAUAAUAAUCUAAGAACAUUGUCCGAUAAUCUAUUCUCUGGCGGCGGUGUGGAAUCUUUGGAUUUAUCACACAAUUUGCUGACAAAAAUUCCGAGCAUGUCGCUGACAAAUGUGGCUGUGUUAGCACUAUGUAAUCUUGAUCUAUCGCACAAUGGAAUCGUUGCAAUACACAGCAUUGAUUUGUCAAAUAAAUUUCGUGCAUUGACGACAUUGGAUCUAUCGAAUAAUCGUAUAUUUCAACUUGAUGAUGCGGCAUUCACAACGCUACCGCAUCUAGCCUAUUUAGAUUUAUCGAAUAACAAUGAAUUAAUAAUUAUGGAUAAAGCAUUUUUGGGUCUGGAGGAUUGCUUAUUUACAUUGACCCUGAACAAUGUGUCGCUUACAUCGGUGCCAGAAUUGGCAUUACCCAGUUUGAGAGCAUUGCAUUUGUCGCGAAACUCAUUGCCAUUCAUUCCACAAGAAUUGGCAUACAAUUUAUCGUCAUUACGAUCGUUGGAUGUGUCGGGCAACGAUUUAACAGCUGUUCCCAGUGUAAUUCAUUCAUUGCCAAAAUUGAGGUCUUUGUCACUGGGAUCAAACCCCAUACAAGCGUUAAAAAACAAUACAUUUCGUGGACUUUUGGAUAAAAUCGAGCAUCUUGACAUUUCUAGUUUGCAUUUAAAUUUAUUUGAAAAUGGUGCAUUAGGUAAAUCAUCAUCGCUGCGUUCAUUACAAAUUUCACCGUAUUUGAACAUAGCCGAUUUUAAUAUACCGACAAUUGUGUCACAAUUGUUAAAUUUGCAAAAACUAUGCAUAAGUGCGCCGGAACCACAAAAAAUUACAACAGGACCAAAGGUCACCUAUAAAAGUGUCACCGCAACGGAUUUGCGUAAAGAAAUGACCGGUCGAUUGCCAUUAAAAUUACGUGAAAUUAUGAUAAGCGGCGAAGGAUUCACAUCGAUAUCGGAUACCAUUUUAAAUGGCGUUCAAUCAAAAUCACUUCAUUUGCAAUUAUUCAAUACAUCGAUUACAAGCAUACCGGAAAAUGCUUACCGUCAAUUAGGUCGAGUGCAAAAUAUCUCCAUAGAUGUGAGCAACAAUAACAAAGCGCUAACUAAACAAUUCAAUCCAAAUACGGCACAGCGGCCACUCGAAGCGGAACUUGUCUAUUUGACCGAUUUGAAAAUUGCUGGAAAUACAUUAAGUUGUGACUGCGAUGUUGGGUGGCUUGAGUAUUGGUAUCGAAAACAACGUCAAUAUGUUUGCCGUGCUCAAACAUGGACUGAAGAUGUUUUUGGUUCACCAAUUCAUUCGCCCGUUCACUCUUCAACCAAUAAACGAAGCGCAACAUCAUGUAACACCGACGAGAAUCGUUUUGAAAACGAAUUGCGUGAAGUGACAUGUUCAAAUAAACAAUCUCAACAAUUGAUUGAGGUACUUAAAUCAGACCUCGAGUGCGGAUGGAAUGGUGCAUCUUCGUUUACAAUCAACGCCAGUAUGUUCGAGAUUAUAAUGUGUGCUAUAUGCUGUGCAAUAGUUGGCGUUUGGAUCUGACUCCUUUUUUACUUGUUUCGCAUGUACAAUGAGUUUUAUAUACUUUUGGAACAAAUCUAUUCUGGUGUACACAACGAAGAUAAUCAAAACAAUUGCAAUAACAAUGACCGCAACGCAUCACCAGAAUCAGAAAUUUGUGAGGAAGCUGAAUGCAUCGAAUUGGAUACAUUUGAACAAACUGAAAACUAAUCAAAUCAGAAUCAUAAUAACAAUAAUAAAAAUAAUAUUAAUAUAGCUUCGAAGAUGGAAUAGCAAUAUACAAGUAGCAUUUAAUUUCAUAAAAAUCGCUUGAACCGUUCCAUAACCACAUCAAUUGAAUUGACGUUUUCCCGCUUAUCCAUGUAAUCAUAUCGCAUCGUUUGUUUUUUUUUUUUAUCAAAAUAAAGCAAUUUGUUAAAAUGAAAGCAAUACUCGAAGAAAAACAUAUUUCGUUAAAAAAAAUGAAAAUAAAUAUAAAUAAUUACUAUAGCGUAGAUGUUGUGUUCGUAUAUACAUUACCGUGUAUUUUUCUCUGUCUCUCUUUCAUUUGUAAUUGUAUCAAUU